AUGAGCAAGAGAUCUAAGACAUGGACUCCAACGCGGACCUCCAUGGUGGGUUCUGCUGCUCUCCAGCUCAAAGUAGACUACGAGCAAGUCAAACAGCUUCCUACGGGCACGGCCGUCCACUCAGACGUCUUCUCCGCCGCGGGGCACAGUUGGAGGAUUGACUGCUACCCGCAUGGGUCCGAUAAGGACGACACGGGCGAGUUUUUCUCUAUCUUCGUCAGGCACAUGAGCAAAACCACAAGAGUCAAAGCCAUCGUGGAGGCCUUUCUGAUGGACAGGAAUGGCGAACCAUGUAAAGCUUUCACAAGAAGGUCAUGUGUUCAUGACUUCUCAAUCAACAACGACGGUGAUGAUAAAAAUUGCAGUGGUGAUGAUGCUGACGAUGACGGUGACAACUGGGGGUGGAGCAAGUUCGUCCAAGGAGCUACUUUGGAGAAAUAUUACGUCACAGAAGGACACGUCACAUUUGGGUGCACCGUCAUGGUCUUAUUAGAUGACGGCUCUAUUCCCGUGCCACCUUCAGAUAUCGGGAUCCAUCUCGGCUCCGUGCUAGAUCGCAACGACGGGACUGAUAUAUCAUUCAUCGUCGAAGGUGAGACAUUCGGUGCGCACCGGGUGGUGCUUGCCGCCCGCUCACCGGUAUUUAGAGCAGAGCUCUUCGGUUCCAUGGCUGAGGCUACAAGGACAUCCAUCACACUACACGACAUCACGCCUAAGACAUUCAAAGUUAUGCUUCGAUUUCUAUACACUGAUGAAUUGCCUGCAGAAAUUGAGCUUGGUGAUUCUUCCAAUGAGAUGUUUCAGAAUCUACUUAUUGCAGCUGAUCGCUAUGCACUUGACCGCCUGAAGAUUAUUUGUGCUAAAAAAUUAUGGGACAAUGUAUCGAUAGAUACAGUUUCAACUACUUUAGCUUGCGCCGAAACAUAUAAUUGUCCGCAAUUGAAGAGCAAUUGCAUUGACUUCUUGUUAUUGGAGGAAAAUUUCAAGGAGGCAGCGCUCACUGAAGGUUUUGCAUUGUUGGUUUUGAAAUUCCCAUUGAUCAUUGCUGAGCUCAAAAAUAGGGUUAGGACAUACCAUAGUACUCCCUCUGUCCCAUAA